AUGACCACUAUAGUCCGCAAAGACACGAUCACAAAGAAUACAAGCAAGGAGGUUCCAAGCCAAAGCGACCCGCCUCCAAAUGCGGAGAAGGAUACGUCUAUGGAAAUAGACGAGAUAGAAUCCGAAUGCUCGGAAGCUACCCCGAAACGCCCUACUACUCCGGAGAUCAGAGUCCUAUCGAAAGAAGAUCAGAUCAGACUCCGGGUCAAAGAGCACGUAUCGCUCUGGAAACAAUGUCAAGUAGCUACUCAAGAAGGUCCAACCACAAAGCUACGAGCCUUACUGACCACCGCUCAGGAGAGUCAGAAAGCUCUUCAGAAACUCAUAGACAACGAGGAAAUCGAAGGCUACGUGAAGGGGUGGAACCCUUGGGACGAGAAGAAGAUACAUUUCCCGUCCCCGCCGAAGAAGAGCUUAGUGAAAUUCAAAAGAAACGAGUCGGGCAAAAAGCAAAGCUCGACGUCGACCAAUUUCUCCGAUCCCGUCAAGUGGAAAAGAGUUACCGAUCUUCUUCAAAUAGCCAACGGCCUAUAUCAGAAUCUCCAAUAG